UGUGUACAUCAUUAUCAGGGUGUGUUUGUUGGGUUUUUAAAAGUUCUUUCUGACACUUUCUUUUAUCGUUAAAGACUUGGAGGAUAAAGAUGUCUGGAAAACGUUCCCUGUGCUGCCAUGUCACCAUAGCAACUCGCACAUUUGCAAUCUUAUAUCUGAUAGGUAAUAUGUUGGAACUUGGGGACAUCAUUCGAAAGGCUUCAUGGGAGAAAUCUCACAGCAUCCCCAAUCAUGAGAUUAAAUCUACCCGCUGUGAGCAUAUCUUUGAUAUUAGCACAAACAUUUUGAUGCUGGUUCUGAUGUCGAUCUCUUGUGUAUUUGUUCUGUUCUCUCAACGCAAGGGGCCCAUGUUUCUGCUGCCUUUUGUGAUGCUGGUGUUUAUGGAUUUGGGAGUGAGUUUUCUGUCCCUGUUUAAUGGUGCCUGGGGACUACCAGGGACCCCCAAAUACAAAGACGUCCUGCAAGCUGCAAAAUAUUACAAAGGAGUUAAUAGACUGGAUGAGGAAGAAUUGGGCCAGUUCACCAUGGGAUACACAGUUUUCUAUAUUUUUAACAUAUUGCUGAAGGUGUAUGUCCUUCAAGUGUCAAUAAGAUGUUUCUAUGCCCUGAUGGGAGAAAGAGCUCCUGGCAUGCAGGUUGACACUGAAAAUACUGUGACAGUGAAGCUACCUUCCUAUGAUGAAGCUCUCACAAUGAAAAAUGAAGGAGUACCCCCCAGCUAUCAAGAGCUAUGAAAUUUAAAAAAGCUAGACAGCUAUGAGCACAAUUUCACACGCAUGCCAAUAACCAUACGCUAAACAUGCAUUCCAAUACUUGUUACCAAAUAACGAUUAACAUGUUUUUUACUAUAGUGUGUCUUUUACUGGUAGGUGGCCCAAGCUUGGUGAAAGGAGUUUGGCGUUUGAACUGUAAUGGUUUUAUAAUACAUCACAAAAACUGGUCAAAAAACUGGAAUUUAACUUGUUUUUAUUUUUCAAGACUGUAAAAUUGUAACGUGAGCUUUAUCUUGUCACAGCCAAAAGUAUAUAUAUUUUCACGGGUCUUAAAAUUGAUGGCUUAAUAUAAUGUCUUAUGAAAUUGAAAAAUAGAAGCCUAUUUUGCUUAAUGAUAUAUACAUUAAAACAUUUUUGCAAUUGUUUUAUGUUUUCAAAGAUGCUGUUCUCCAGAACAUUGCAAUAUGCUACAGUGUGGUAGAUGAAAUAAAAAACUCCAAACUUCUAAAAUUA